AUGUCUUCCAGCUCUUCAAUCAAUUCCUCUUCUAACCAAAUCUUGCCGGAAGACCGUCGCGAGUCUUCUGAACCGAGCUCUUCUUCCUCGAACGCUCAUUCCAUGAACUCCUCCAACAAGGAAAUAGCCGUUCUCGACCGCGAGUCGAAGCGACCGAACAACUGGCGACAGAGACUCGCGAAACGGAAGCUCGGAUUGGGCCGACAAGAGGUCGAAGAGCCUGAAGAAGAUAAUCAGGAGGAGAACGCCACCGAGGCGGAAGUUGCCGAGGAUAACCUUGAAGCAAGUGAUCCACUCUUCGCCACCACUUCCAAAGCGAAAAGUCCCAUUCUUGAGGAGAACGGGCUUUCGGACAAGGUCAUUUUUAUAAUACCGGAAGCUGAAGAUCGGCCAUGGGACGUACCUGAAGGCUUCCUCUGCAUUUACGUGACGUACUUCACGCAGUGCAGACUCUCCCUUCCAAUUCCCUCUCGUCUACUCGGGUACUGCAAUCGGCGGGGCGUAGCUCUCACGCAAGUGAUGCCUGCGUCGAUAACGAACUAUGUUGGUUUUGUUACUCUAUGUGACGAGCUCGGCGAGGUUCCAACUAGUCGGCUCUUCGAAGACCUCUUCUCGGUUAACAUCCACAAAUCUAAGGAGUGGUUCUUUGCAGCGAACGCCAAGCCGAGAAAGAACCUCGUUACUGGGGUCAAACCCAGUAAAUACAACAACUGGGAGUCUCAGUACUUUUACCUCGAGAUGAACGAUCUCUCCGUCAGCAACUCUGAUAUCCCAACUCAAUCGGAGUGGAAGAUUCCGAUCGGUCGUCAUCUCCCGAGCAUUAUUCUCAACUCUGGACUCACUUCCGAAUUUGAAACAGCCUUUAGUGAAGCCGGCAAACGUCGUUGGCCCGAAGUGUGGGAGGAGAUUCUUCAGCGUCGAGCUAAGAAAGCAGCUCCUGUUAAGGAACCGAAGCCGCUGAAGCCAAAGACUCGAGCUAAAAAACCUCGAGCUGCUCCAAGACGCAAAGCACCAAAACCGCAGGCUAAACGACCUCGAACUGCCAGGAUGCUUUCGCUGGACGAGAUCCCAACUCUGUUGGACGAAGAGGAGCCGAACGUCGCUGAUCCGACCCCUGUCCCUGCUACCGAAGGGACCAAUGAGCAACCGAAAGAGCUGCCGCCUGCUGCGAACUCGCCUGACCAAGCUGGUCAGAAGAAACUGAAGAAGAAGAAGUCCUCGAAGAAAACUAAGAGGAUUGAAGACUCUUCUCGGGCGCAGGAUGCACCCGCUGAGCUCAACCCACCGACGGCUAUGGCGUCGGACCUCGCUCUUUCUCAGGAUCGAGCUGAGGCUUCUCAUUCUCGGAAGAGACAGGCUGAGGACCAUACCGAAGACUCUCCAGGGCCAGAGCCGGCUAAGAGGGCUAAGACUGUUUUGAUUAUGAUGAGGAGACUCCUUUUGAGGAGAACAUCGAUGCUUGCGCCGAACUCUAUCACAAAAUCUCUUCUCAGGUCCCGAGUCUGCCGGCAGUUCCCGAGCUCCGCUUCCCCAAUAUGUACAAAGGGAUCGCACCUCGCCAGUCAGACCAACAACUUGGUCGCGGCGUAUGAAGUCGGGCUGUACGAUGAACAGGUUAGGGUUGCCGAGCUACAGGAGAGGGUCUCCAAGGCGGAAGAACGUCUCGCCACCGAGCUCCAGAUCAACGACUCUCUCCAUACGGCUGUUGAAUUGCUGAAGCAGGAGAGCUCAGAGCUAAAAGCGGUAAGAACCGAGCUGACCGAGGCUCAGACCUUGCUUUCUCGGGAAUUCGAGAAGGACAAGGAACGGCUGCAAGGCGCCGAGCAAGGAGCGUUCAUGCGACGGCCUGCGAACACUUGGAGAAGUUUAUCUGCAGUUUGGAUGACGUGGAUCGAGCUCGUAAGCCUUACUUGGUGGUUAAUCAGCUCACUGGAGUCCUCGGCUUUAUCAAGCAACUCAAGAAGAAAGGCUUGUACGAGGUCCCGUGGUAGCUGGCAUCGAGGCAAAGCAUGCCAAGGCGUUUGA